AUGCAACGGCCAGAUAGUCUACUGUCGAAGAUACUAAAGGCUAAAUAUUUCCCCAACUCAGAUUUUAUGAAGGCGGAACUGAAGGCUGGAGCGUCGUUCACAUGGAGGAGCAUAAUGGCAGGACGACGGGUUUUAGAGAAGGGAAUGCGUUUCCAGGUUGGUAAUGGGGUUGAUAUUUCGGUCUGGCAUGAUAGAUGGAUCCCAGUUCCGUAUGGUUUCAAGCCUUACUCGGAGCCUAUGGAAGGGUUAGAUGAUUUGAAAGUUGUAGAUUUGUUAGACCCUGAUGAGCGAGGUUGGCAGAUUAAUUUGCUUCGUGAGUUGUUCACUGAGCAUGAGGUUGAGUUGAUUGCCAAAAUUCCAUUAAGUUUGGGAAACCCUAAUGACAGGUUGGUCUGGCAUUUCGAUAAGAGUGGACGGUACAGUGUUAAGAGUGGAUAUUGGGCUUGGAAAACACUCAGUAUUGCACCAAAUCAUGCCUCAACUUCUUCUACCAUUGUUGGUGGACAAUUAGCUAGAUACUUGAGUGCCCUUUGGAGGUUACAGAUGCCAACGAAGGUCAAGGUCUUCUGUUGGAGGCUGUUGCGUGAUGCCAUUCCUACACGUAUGGCCCUAGUGAAGCGAUAUGUGCAGGUUCAAGAGUUUGAGUGUUUGCUGUGUGGUGUUGAAGCUGAGACCGAUGUUCACUUGUUCAAAGAGUGCACAGUUGUCAAAGAAUUUUGGCGCAAUAGCUCUCUGAAGGAGGUCCUCCUUUCGAUGUCCAAUACGAGUUUAAAGGAAUGGAUUUAG